AAAUGAGGAGCGGAAGAGAUCGACACGCAGAAAUUCCGAGGGAAAAAUUCAGAAUCAUGAAAGCGACAGAGCGGAACGAAAACGAUCUCAUUUUGGACCUAUAAUUUGCCGUCAACGUUGUUCAAAUCUUCAAUCAUAAACACUGUUUCUUUAAGUCAAUUUUCCGAUUAAAAUCCAAACCCACUUCUCUAUUUCUCUGCUGAAUUUCUUUCCGUUUUGUUCAAUAAUUCUGUCGUUUUCGAAUGAGAUAUCUGAUCGUCGGCGGCGAUCGGAGAUGUUCUUCGCCGGUGGUACUGGAUACGGAUUUUUUAGCAGAGGAGAUUGAUGGUGAGACUGAUGAUUCUGAUGCUGAUUUGGACCAUUGGUCGACUGAGUCAGUAGAAGAGAUAGUAUUUCGUUGGUGAAGUGGUAAUGAAGAAAGGGAAGGGCAGGAACCUCGGGCUUUUGCCUAAUUCUCUGAAAAUUAUAUCGUCGUGUUUGAAGACGGUGUCUACUAAUGCCAGCACCGUUGCUUCCACCGUCCGCUCUGCCGGUGCUUCGGUUGCUGCUUCAAUCUCCGCAGCUUCUUCUGAGGAUGAGAAGGAUCAGGAUUUUGGAGGGGAGUGUAGUAGCAAACAAAGGGCGGAUAAGCCGGAAAAUGUUAGGGGGUGGCUGGUGGAGGUCUGAGAAAAAUGGGAAAUUAUACUUUUUAUCUGCUCAUCAGGCUCUCACUAAAAAUAGAGUAACUUGGGCUGGUUUUGACAUUCUGGAAGUUGAACCAUAUAUCAUUAGGCACAUUCUCUUACUUGGUUAUCUGAAUGGAUUUCAAUUACUUGAUGUGGAGGAUGCUUCUAACUUCAAAGAACUUGUUUCAAAGCGUGGUGGCCCUGUUUCAUUCCUACAGAUUCUCCCUUCUCCAGCAAAGCCUGGUACUCCUCCAGCAAAGUCUGAUAGGCAUGAACUACUCAGAAGAUCACACCCUUUAUUGCUGAUUGUUGCAGGAGAAGAAAGCAAGGAUGUAGCUAUGGGACAAAACCAUAGUCCUAUGGGCGUCCUCCCAGGAAGUUGUGCCAACUCUCACAAUGCUGUUCAGUUUUACUCCCUUAAGUCUCACUCUUAUGUGCAUGUUUUGAGAUUCAGAUCUGCUGUUUGUAUGGUUAGAUGCAGCUCUCAGAUAGUAGCUGUGGGCCUGGCUACACAAAUAUAUUGCUUUGAUGCAAUAACCCUUGAGGUUGUAUUUAGUGUUUUGACCUCUCCAGUUCCUGAGAUAUCAGGACAAGGAACCACUGGAACUAAUGUUGGUUAUGGUCCCAUGGCUGUGGGUCCGAGGUGGUUAGCAUAUCCUUCUGUUGGCCCAGUACCAUCAACCACUGUUCCAUUAAGUUCUCAAAGCCCAUUCCCCUCCCAAAGUGUUAAUCCCCCAUCAUUGCCUGGCAGUGAUAGGACAAAGGCUCAUUAUCCAGUGAAGUCUGGAUGGAAAGCUGGAAGGCUUGCAGGAAUGGAAGCAGAUUAUCCAGGGAUGGUUGCUGUUAAAGAUUUUGUUACCCGAGCUAUUAUAACUCAGUUUAGAGCUCACACCAGCCCAUUGUCUGCAUUAUGUUUUGAUCCUAGUGGGACACUUCUAGUGACUGCAUCAAUUUAUGGGAAUAACAUCAAUAUCUUUCGAAUCAUACCAAACUCACGCAGUGGAUCAAGUGGUCUAAGCUUUGACUGCAACUCUUCUCAUGUCCAUCUCUACAAACUGCAUCGUGGAAUAACAUCAGCUAUGAUCCAGGAUAUUUGCUUUAGUAACUACAGUCAAUGGGUGGCAAUUGUUUCAUCUAAGGGGACUUGUCAUGUUUUUCUCUUGUCCCCUUUUGGUGGUGAAGCUGGAUUGAGAAUUCUUAAUUCUCAGGGUGAAGAACCAUGUGUGCUUCCAGUUCUAACUUUACCCUGGUGGUCCACGUCUUCACUCAUAAUAAAUCAGCAAUCUUUUCCACCCCCACCACCUGUUACUCUUUCUGUCGUCAGCAGAAUUAAAUACAGUAGCUUUGGAUGGCUCAAUACUGUAAACAAUUCAGCUGGUGCAGGAAAAGGUUUUGUGCCUUCUGGUGCUGUUGCUGCCAUUUUUCAUAACACACUCUCUCAUAAUAUUCAGCAUGUAAACUCAAAGCCCAAUUCCCUGGAGCAUCUAUUGGUUUAUACUCCUUCAGGUCAUGUAGUUCAGCAUGAACUUCUGCCUUCUUUUGGUGCCGAACCAAGUCUCCACAGUUCUAGAACCGAAUCAAGUUCCGUUUUACAUAUGCAGGAAGAUGAUCUAAAGUUAAAAGUUGAGCCUAUUCAGUGGUGGGAUGCAUGUAGAAGAUCAGAUUAUUCAGAAAGGGGGGAGUGCAUCCAUGACUCCACCUCUGAUGGGCAAGAUAUAGCCAAAACCAACGCUAUUCAGAAUGAACGAACAGACACUGAGAAAACUCAUGAAUUGGAUUUCCAGGAAAUGAAUGAUGGUUCUAGUGCAGAUGAGAUUCUUAGAGUUAGAGGUCAAUCUGGUAUAACUCAUGAGCAAUCUCACUGGUUUCUAUCAAAUGCAGAAGUACAAUUGAGCUCUGGAAGGCUACCAAUUUGGCAAAACUCCAAGAUUUAUGUUAUGAGUUCUCCAAGAAUCAAUAGUAUAGCCGGUGGAGAGUUUGAAAUCGAAAAAGUCCCUGUUCAAGAAAUUGAGGUUCGGGAGAAGGAACUGUUACCUUGUUUUGACCAUUGCCUCAGCCUCAAGUCUGGUUGCAAUGACAGAGGGCUUCUCUUGGGAAGAUGCAUCAGUCCUACUUCUUCUGAGAUCUAUCAGUCUGAGGUCAAAGUUACUGAAGAAAUCGUUGUUAUAUGUCACUCCAAACCUGCAUCACUUAGCUCCACAGAGAGCUCAGAUGGAGGUUCGUCAAGAAGGAUGGAAAGUUCUAUUGAUUUUGAUCAAGCAAGCUGCGAGAAGUCUUGUACUCCUCUUUGUCAACAUUUAAAUGAGAUGUACUGGGAAAAAAGAGCUAGCGAGUCUUUCACGACUCCAAAAUCCUCAAAUAUUCUAUGUACUCAAGUUGAAGGUUCGAGAAUUGAUGGUUCCCCUUGUGGUUUACACUUCUCAAACAGCAAUUUCGGUUUCCCUUCCAUUGAACAAGUUUCAUCCAAAACACCGCCUUUCAACGAAGUUACUUUUCAACACAUUUGCCAGGAGGAACCCUGCAAGGUACUGGAGAGUAAUGAUGGUUGCCAGGAUAUAAAUGACAUUUCAACCGAUCAUGUUGACGGUUUCGAGUACGAAAACAUAUGUAGCGAUGAGAAUGACAAAAUAUUUGGUGACAUGUUCACCUCUUCUGAAGAAGGGUGAUACAAUGAUAAAAUUUGUAGAUCUUAUUGUGGUCAAAGGGUGCUAAAUAAAUAUCAUACCCAGCCACAUCUACCAAUGUAUGUGAAUCUCUCUCUCUCUUGUAUAGAUCUUGUGAAUAAAAUCUCUGAAAUAUGUGAAAGUUUCAUUCCUUACUGGUGGUUUUUAUAACUGUUUUUGAUGAAAUAAUAUGAAAAUAUGUCCAUACUUGUAAAGUGUUUGGCUUGGAAGAUUACACUGUAACCUAUUUGUAAAAGAAUUCCCAAAGUUGUAUAAAAAUUACUUCUAUCGUUGGAAAAGGAAUGAAUUUUCAUGAUAUUUUUAUA